GUGUCGGGUGCAGUGGCAGGGCGUGGCCGCUGGGGGCAGCAGAGCCUCCGCUGUGCUCUUGAGACGCAGCGACGAGACGCGUGAGGAAGGAAGGAGCGGCCUCUCUCCAAGAUGGCGGCGACCAUAGACAACAGCAAUGCUGCUCCGGCGACGAAGAAAAAGCACCUGGGGAUCCCCGAGGCCGCGUUCGUGGAGGAUGUCGACACUUUUAUGAAGCAGCCCGGCAACGAGACGGCGGAUGCGGUGCUGAGGAGGCUGGACGAACAGUACCAGAAAUAUAAAUACAUGGAGCUCAACCUGUCCCAGAAGAAGCUCAGGUUGAAAAACCAGAUCCCACAAAUCACAGAGACGCUAGAAAUCCUCCGACACAUGCAGAAGAAAAAGGAAACCACAGACCCCAUGGAGACUCACUUCCUAUUGGCUGACAAUGUUUACUGCAAGGCCUCAGUGCCGCCCACCGACAAAGUCUGUCUAUGGUUAGGGGCUAACGUCAUGUUGGAGUACGACAUCGAUGAAGCCCAGGCUCUCCUCGAGAAGAACCUCUCCACGGCGUCACGCAACCUGGAGACGCUCGUGGAGGAUCUGGAUUUCCUGCGAGACCAGUUCACCACCAUCGAAGUCAACAUGGCACGAGUCUACAACUGGGACGUGAAGAGAAGGAGCAAAGAAAACCUCCUGAAAUCUGUAGACAAGUCUUAAUAUCAUCUUCCCCUUCAUCUGAAUAUAUCUUCUCUUUGUCAGGAAAAAAAAAAAACCCCCAAGAAACAACACCACCCUGUCUCCCAGCACGUAGAGGACGAGUUAAAAAAUAUUAGCAAAAGUCGCGGUGCCUCUGAUUUAACGCAACGACUUUUUCACUGGUGUGCAGGUGCCAUACGUAAAGCCGGAUAAAUCACUAACGCGUCAUGAUUCUUUGUUUGGUUUUUAAAGAUGUCCUCUAUCAAGUCAAACUAGAUACUACGAGACUUUCACCGCAGCUGUUUCCUCCUGAUUUGUUACUUUUUAAAAGUAUUUUUUCAAGUAAAAAUCUACAAAAAAAAAGGCAACGAGGCAAGUUUUGUGUUCUUUUUAAUGAUUUCACUGUUUCUGUCAGCUUCGUGUUUGAGGGGCCGCUCGCUGUGUGUUCUCUUUACAGAUCUGUCACUUGUGUUUUGUUUUUGUUCACUAUCGGGACUUUAACUUAUCGUAAAAAAAAAAACACAGUUGCCAUUAUUCUCCGUAGAACGAGGCUCGUAGGGUGACGCGUGUUAACAGAAGAUCGCAGGAUGGAACAGUUUUCGUUCUUGUAGCUCUGCUUUUCACUUCAGGACUUGCAGGAGUUCACUGUCGUCCUCUGACCUCCCGCUCCUCCUCUGUUCUGUCUGUAUUUAUUUGUCUCCCGCUGUACUCAUGAAACCUUGAAUGAAGUAAAAAGAAGAACAUUUGGGCAAAGAGA